AUGUCUUUGCUUUUUAAGAUAUAUGACAAUCAGCGUCCCAAGGUGGCAUGUCAUGAAGUAAUGGAAGAAUGGAAAUCAGGGCUUGAAUUCAUUUGACUUGAGGUCCUUAAUCAUUGAGUUGAUAAGGAAUGAUUUAGACAAUUCUUAAAUUCACAUUGCUUGAAUCAAUGGACAAAGAAAUCUGUUAAAAAAUAAAAUAUCUAUUACUGAUAGGUUUCUUUGAUAUUAUUGGUAUGUACACAUUCUCAAACUGUAUUUCAUGUUGUUUCCAUGAUGGUGAAUGCUUCAAAUUUCUUGAUUCUUUUUAAGAGAGACCAUGUCAUUUGGUCCCUUUUAAAUUUGAAUUUUAAACCUCAAUUCAUUACCUACAUAAGGGAUUAGUGUUAUGCCUAGAUAGAAAUUUAAAUAUGAUUCUCAAGGUUAAUAUGCUGCCAUCAUAAAUGGUCCUUUUGUUCCCUAAUCAAAUUCGAAAAGAAGUAUCAAAAUGGAAGGUAAAUUACAAACAAUACAGAUUUGAAAAAGGGCCGUAGUUCCCUUCUGGUUAGGUAUAUGACUCACCACACUCUCUAACUCUUGAGCUAAGAUCUACCAUUGGAUCAUCUAUUAUCAUAUAAGUUCGCAUUAUCUACCAUUAGAUGUAAAAAUAAUAUUAGUAGACAUUAUUACACUGAAGAAAAAUAACACACUUGAUUAGUCAAAUGAAUUCAAGAUGUCUUUUAAAAUAGAUAAAAAGUGUAUUUGUAGAUUUUCGUAUGAGACAGCUCUACCUUAUUUGACUUUCACACAUAAGGGAACCUUCUUGAUAAGUUUUCAUUAUCAUGAGUUAACAAUUAAUAAAUAAUAUAGUUUUAGCCUUAACUUGUGAUUAAUAGACUUAUAUUUGUAUUAAAAUUAUGAAAAAAUAGUUUUCAAUUAGUUAAUGUGAUUUUUAGCUAAUUAUGUAGUUUUAUAUAAACUUUAUAUAAUUUUUAUAAUCCUAUUUUUGAGAUAAAUAAAUAAAAAUAAAAUAAAAAAUAGAAAAAAAGGGGAGAUUCUUUGGCCAGUCGGGCCCACAAGUAGGUUGGAAGCACAAUCAGGGCAAAACUGUGAGUGCAGACUUGAGUCGCUAUGGACCGAUGAGGACACAUGUGUGUCACUUCCCUUUCAUGUCACUGGUGGCCAACCAGGCGUAGGGCAAGGAGUGGUCGUAUAUACGUGA